CUGAUUCGUAAACGUCAAAGACAAACAAAAAAAAUUGCAAACAUGGCGGGCGGUGAAGUUGAACUCGCGCAAUCUGCGGCCCCCGGAGGAGAUACGAUAUUCGGGAAGAUAUUGAGAAAGGAGAUCCCUGCUAAAUUCGUCUAUGAAGACGACCAGUGUGUUGCCUUUAAUGAUGUUAACCCACAAGCACCAACGCAUAUUCUGGUGAUACCGAGAAAGCCAAUUGCACAGCUGUCCCAGGCUGAAGAUGGGGAUGAACAACUGCUAGGCCAUCUUCUUACAGUAGCUCGCAAGGUCGCGGCCCAAGAAGGCUUAGACAAGUCUGGUUUCCGGCUGGUCAUCAACGAUGGCAAAGAUGGCGCCCAGAGUGUUUAUCACCUGCAUGUUCAUAUCUUGGGUGGACGACAAAUGCACUGGCCCCCUGGCUAAUUAAGAAUUUAAAAAUUAAAUACCAUGUUGAAUUAUUAAAGCCCAGUUUCAUUUUUGAA